UUUAACUAGAGGGGACAAAAAAAAGGGAAAGAAAAUGGUUAGUUUAGGAUUGGCAGAUAUGAAGAUGAAACUGAACUCAAGUUUUGCAGAUUCAGAUUUAGGAUCUACACAGGCUCGAGCCGUUUUUCAAUGGGGUGGCACCAUUUUGGCUUUAUUUUUAUUACUCAUGAACCGAACAGGACGGAGAUCGCACAUGCUGACUAACCUCCUAGUAUUAUUUCUCUUCGCUAGUUUCCCAACCAUACUCCUUAAACUCGUAAGAGGGCAAUUUGGUUGCUGGGUUGCAUUUCUUGCCGUCGCUUCGAAUCUAUAUUUUCCCGAAACCUGUCCAGCUCCGCGUUUCGUCCUGUUCGUCAUCGCACCCAAUUGGCUGGCCCAUCGGUUACGAGAUGACAAGGUACCCGGCAUCAUCUGUCUCAUAAUCACGGCUUUAAUUAUACUAACUGAAAUUCGUGGAGCCGGAGCAUUAGAGGAUAGUCAAUGUAGUUGUUAUUGUCUUAGUUACUGGUUUAGUAUAGCUUGGAUACUAUACUUUACAAUGUUGUAUCUUGCCACUUAGAAAGAAUUGAAAAGCAUCACAGGGAGAAGGAACGUUGUUCUCUGUUUCCGCUCUUUCUUACAGCUUCUGAAUGAGAAUGAACUUUUUUCCC